GCUGCCGGUCCGAUUUUAACGGCUGGCAGCGUGGAAGCGUGAUAAGCGCAUCCAGAAGCCCGCCGCGUAGGGCGGAUAUGUCCUCCACCAUGGUCCCUCAUCCCACCAUCUACCUGGACCCUCCACCUUCUUGCUGCCGCUGCACAGCUUCCCCUCAACAGCAGUCCUCUUUCCUGCCAGCUUCUGCUGCACCGACUGUCAAUGGCUGAGCCACAUUCUACACGUCCGCAGCGCAAACGCACCGUGACGGUGGGCGGGGAUGGAGCGCCACUGAGGAAGUUUGCUUGUGCGUUUGAGGGGUGCGGGAGGAGCUUCACGAGGUCGGAGCACUUGCAGAGGCAUCUGCUGAAUCACACAGCUGGUGAGAAUACUUGCGAGAGGUGCAGUGCGCAUUUUAAGCGGAAGGACUUGUUGGAGAGACAUAUGAGCCGUCACCGCCAGAAGGAUGCCGAGGCCGGUGCACCGGGCUCGGGCGUCCUCAACACUAGGAAACGGAUGUGGAAGGAUGCCGAUGGAAACAUUGUGACCAAACGUCCACAUUCUAGCCGACAGCAACAUCAGCAGCAGCUACAGCAGCAGCGGGACCAAAGCCAACAACUGUCUAGUGAGCACUCUUCCUCCGAGGCUCUGUUCGAAAUCCACACCGGCCCUAAUCGCCAAGGCGGCGUUCCUAUAUCACCUCCCAUCUCCACUAGCAACUCUUAUGGUCGGUCCUUUUCAGACGACCAGGACGCUCACGCUUCAAAUGACGAUCUAUGGAGCCUGAAUCCAUUCAACAUCAACGCCACCAUAGAGCCUGCAGAUAUCUAUCAACAACCGGUCGAAGGUCGUUUUUGGUCUUCUGACCUCGCUGCUCCUUUAGACCAAGGCCCAGACGAUAAUGUACCCUACGAUGACAUCUUCAACCCAGACACAGCAAGCUCUUUUAAUAUGCCAUUCACCACCAUGAGUAAUUACAACUGGCUGUUUGAUGUUGAUCUGUCAUCCCGUCAAAACCAAGUGGAACCCUCCAGUCUCAUGCAAGACGCUUUUGGCCCUUCUCAAUUGCCCGUCGACGUUUCGAGUGGACAGUCCAUUCAGGAUUAUUCUCCCUCGGCCCCACCAGAACCGACUGCAGCCCAAAGUGAGCUUGAUGCUAUUAAAGACAAUAGUUCACUGUCAGCAAACCAAUCUGAGCGCUCUUAUACUGCGGCAAAUGGUCCCAUAAUCUCUCCCCCUUUUACAGACUUUCAUUCUCGAUCUAAUUAUAGUUACGACGGACUCCCACAGCUUUCCACCUCUACAAAGUUGAUUUCAUCAACAAUGAUAGGAGCUAUGCACAGUUCUAAAAAAGAACAAGGGUCGCAGCCUACGAAGGCACUGGUUACUACGCCUUUUGACCUAGAACGUCCCAUGUCAAUGCUCCAACGCUCUCGAAGCCUUCCAGUCAUCGAUGAGGUUGCGCGGGCUCAAAUACUCGAUCUCAUCGACGCCUCUCGGCCUGUCACACCUGAUUCAUCUUUCAUAACCAGGGAUCACCCCCUUUUAUCUCUGUCUUCAUUGCAGACUUACUGCGACCUGUACUUUACGCGAUUCAAUACCGCAUAUCCUCUGAUACACCAGGCGACAUUCGAUGCAUCCCACGUCGAGACGCUCCUACUGAUAUCGGUCCUCCUAGUUGGCGCAACAUACUGCGAGAAAGAUGCACAUCAACUAGCGGUUUGCAUUCAUGACGUCUUGCGCCCUCAGAUCUUUGCAAACGUUGGUUUUACUGCUCGACCUGAGUUGUGGGUCUUGCAAACUAUAUUGCUCGUGGAAUGUUUUGGCAAAAGCCGAGCUGGGCAAAAGCAGCAUGACAUGUCGCAUCUAUUUCAUGGAUUGCUCAUUAAUCUUAUCCGGAGGAGCGACUGCCAAUCCAUAAGACCACCGGCUACUGAAGAAGGCUCGGAUGAUUUGGAGGAUGACUGGCUUAUUUGGGCCGAAGCUGAGCAAAAGAAGAGGCUGGCUUACCUCUGCUUCAUGUGGGAUACACAGCAUGCGGUAUUGUUCUGCCAAUCGCUUUGCAUGUCAGCAUUCGAGCUUCGUUCAACACUACCCUGCGAUCAAUCAGUUUGGGAGGCAGACUCCGCAGAACAAUGGGAUCAACUGCGGCGUCGACAGAAGGCACCGCUACUAUUCUUGACUUGCCUCAAGGCUUAUCUUACUCCCGGCGGCAACCCGCAGCCCAGGCAUAUGAACGCUCUCUCGCGAAUUCUUUUAUUACAUGGUCUUAUGUCCGUAUCCUGGGAUAUGCGACGCAGGGACCAGACUUCUCUUGGUCUCACCGAUAACGAAUCGCCUUUCGGCAACUGGAAAAUACGCAUGGCGAACUCCUAUGACACGUGGAAAGCAGACUUCGACUCCUAUUGCCUGAACUACACGUCCCAGAUCUCCCCCGCAGACCUCGACAUCCGAAAAGAAUUCGCCGCCUUCACCACCGCCAACAACGCCAUCUACCACUCCGCCCACAUCAUCCUCAACGCUGAGUUCCUCGACCUGCAGAUAUACGCUGGUGCUCGCCAUAUCCUAGGCCGCCCCGUAGCUCGCCCCGACUACGUCCGCUCCCAGCGUGUCGUCAAGCGCUGGGCAACGGGCGAGAAUGGUGGCGUAGGCCGUGACGCAGCGAAAGCAGCGUGGCACGCCGCCUGGGUUGUCCGCGACGGUGUCAUGAACCUCGAGGGCUUUGACGCCAUGGGUCUCUUCCAUUUCCCUUGGUGUCUGUACCUCGCCACUGUCACUUGCUGGGCCUUUUACCACGCGCGCCCCGCGGGCGCGAACCCAAGCGAGGCUGGAUCGGGUGAGCGUGCUGCCAGUGAAGACGGCGACGACGAUGACGAUGAGAUUAUCUGGGAUGCGAAGGCCGAGAUGAACGCGCUAAUCAGUGGGAUGACGAGCGUGCCUGCGGAGGUGCUGGCGGGGCUUGGGCUGAGUGGGCGCAAGAGGACGAGCGGGCUGACCGCUGUGGUUGCGCGGCAUUUGAGUAAGGUGAGGUGGGCGGUUGUGCAUGAUGGAAUGAUGGUGCUUCGGGGGUUGGUGCCGUGGAGGCUGGUAAGUCAGUAUGAAGGGCUUGCAUAGGGGACCUCGAAGGGAAGUCAAAAGAUACGAGUUACGAAUGGAUGGCUUAUGAGUUGGGAUUCGUUCAUGUUGUAUAUGGGCUUUGGCCGCUGGUUUGAUAUACUUGGGUGUAUUCGAGGGUAUGAUUAGGUUGGCAAACGACGAAAUUGCAGCAACGAUUUACGUUUCAUGUAUAAAGCCGGUGGGAUCGGGGUAGAUUUCGUGUGUGUCUAGCAAGGUCGCUCCAACCAGGCCCUCAUUCUCGUCGUCGGGU